GCUGUCCGAGAGCGGAGCCCCGCCCCCGGACCCCCGUCCCUCCCUCUCUCCUUCCCUCCCUCGGCCCGCCCUCCCUGAGUACCCCUCCCCCUGAGGACCCCCGCCCGCCGCCCGCCGCUGCCGCCGCCGCCCGCUCCGACUGCAGAACAAUAAAGCCAGCCUCCCAGAGACCCCCGCCGAGGACCCCCGCCCGGCGACCAAGCCCGGGUGGCCCGCCCCUCUUCGCCAGCGCCAGCUGAGCGCGCCCGGGCGCUGGCCGCGGUGCUGCCCUAGCCAGCGCUGGCCGCGGUGCUGAAGCUGCUGGGGCUCCUGCCGCUGCUACUGUCGUGUUCUCUUGGCCCGGCACUGCCGCCCCCGGGGGCAUGGGGCGCCGCUGACUGAGGUUCCGCCGCCGCGGCGGGGGGGGGGAGGGGAAGGGGGCCGUGGGGCCGGGCCAGCCCUGCACCCAUUCGCAGCCUCCGGGCCCGGGACGGAGCCGCUCCCCCCUCUCCGCCCCCCCCCAGCCUCCUCCCCCGCCUGUCCAGGGGCGGCACUGCGGGCUGGGAAGCCGGGACCAGAGGAGGGAAGGAAGGAAGGAAAGAAGAGAAAAGAAGAGAAGAGGAGGAAGGAACGAAGGAAGGGGAGAGACAGAGAGAAAGAGAGAGGAGGGAUCCGGAGGGGAAGAAGAGACGCAGGGAAGCAAGAAGAGAGAGAAUCACACUCGCCCAGCAGCAUCCACAGGCCAGACUGGGGACAGUGCUGCUUCCACCGCUCCUCGGAUGGUGACGGGGCCUCGUCGCGGACGCAGUCCCCCCGAGCCCCGGCUCUGCAGGCCCUCACUGCCGGAGCCCCGCAGGAAUCAUGCCCAGGUCCUUCCUGGUUAAGAAGGUCAAACUUGACACAUUCUCUUCGGCAGACCUCGACAGCUCCUACGGGCGCGCCCGCAGCGAUCUCGGAGUGCGACUGCAGGAUAAAGGAUACCUCAGUGACUACGUGGGGCCUGCGUCUGUCUACGAUGGCGACGCUGAGGCGGCGUUACUCAAAGGGCCAUCCCCGGAGCCUAUGUAUGCUGCGGCUGUGCGCGGAGAGCUGGGUCCCGCGGCCUCUGGCUCAGCACCGCCGCCCACCCCUCGCCCAGAGCUGGCUACUGCUGCUGGCGGCUACAUCAACGGCGACGCGGCGGUCAGCGAAGGCUACGCGGCUGACGCCUUCUUCAUCACUGAUGGGCGCUCACGCCGUAAGGCUGCUAAUGCCAACGCUGCCGCGGCCCCCUCUACAGCCUCGGUGGCGGCCCCCGACAGCGACAGUGGAGGUGGGGGCGGGCCGGGCACGCGAGGCUCUGGAUCAGGGUCCGCUAGUCGGGGUGGCACGCGCGUGGGGGCGGGCACCGAGGCGCGUGCGGGGCCUGGAGCCACGGGCGCUGGUGGCCGGCACGCGUGCGGCGAGUGCGGCAAAACUUACGCCACGUCGUCGAACCUGAGCCGCCACAAGCAAACGCACCGCAGCUUGGACAGCCAGCUGGCAAGGCGUUGCCCAACGUGUGGCAAGGUGUACGUGUCCAUGCCGGCCAUGGCUAUGCACCUGCUCACGCACGAUCUUCGCCACAAGUGCGGCGUGUGCGGCAAAGCCUUCUCGCGGCCCUGGCUGCUGCAGGGCCAUAUGCGCUCUCACACGGGCGAGAAACCCUUCGGCUGUGCGCACUGCGGCAAGGCCUUCGCAGACCGCUCCAACCUGCGCGCACACAUGCAGACGCACUCCGCCUUCAAGCACUUCCAGUGCAAGCGCUGCAAGAAGAGCUUCGCGCUCAAGUCUUAUCUCAACAAGCACUACGAGUCAGCCUGCUUCAAGGGCGGCGCCGGUGGCCCCGCAACCCCUGCGCCGCCGCAGCUCAGCCCGGUUCAAGCCUAGGGCAGCGGGGCCUCCGCCAGCCAGGUCGGCUCUCAGCAAUACGGGCCCCCCAGGGAAGUCUCCGCUGGCGUCAGGGCGGAGGGGCUGGAGGGCGGGCCCCUCCUCACAGCAAUAGGGGUAGGGAGCCGGCCCCACCCCGCCCCGCUCGCCAGGAGCCUUGCCAGCCCCUUCAAGCAAUAGGGUCCCGAGGGGAGACCCACCCCGAAACCCCUCCUCUCUCCUCCAGGGUGCCCCAGGCUUUCUCCCAGCAAUAGGGUCUACCAGACCCAGAACCGAACCUCAUCUCUUAGUUGGGUCUCUGAAGACAGGGGUGAGGUGAGGUAAGGAGCACCCUCCUCCCUCCUCUGCGCCCCUGGAUCGCGUUACAGAGACUCAGGUCUUCCCCACCCCUUCCCAAGCCUUCCAGGCCAAGCCUUCAGCCCGGCGUCCAGGGAGUCAGCUCCACCCGGGCAGCUGGCCGGAGAAGGAGCAGGAGAGCAGGCGGGCCACAGAGGCGUUCUGUUCCACAGGCUUUGCAGACCUCCCGGGAGUGCUAGACGAUUUGGGGAUGGGGAGGGGCGCGGACGGCGGCAACCCUCUCCCUCGGGUUCUUUCUGGGGCCUCAGUCCGAGCCUCCCUCCUACCCUCGCCUCGUAUCCUCUGCCAAAUCCGAAUUCUUCCAGCCCGGCUUCCGGGGCUCUGUCCUCCAUAACGAAUAAUGACGCAUAUCGGAAUCGCAUGAACUUAUCCGACCUACUCAGACCCAGAUCCCACCCUGCCCCGGGGCCCUCUCCCUCGCUCCCCAGGCUUCGGGUGUUGGAGGACGGAUACCCGGGCCGGCAGGCUGGCGUGCCACUGCCCUCUACACACCUCUGUAUUUGCUUUGCGGGUAAAGCCCCCUGGGGGGGUUGCGGACGCGUCGGGUUUCUUUCUUUCUGUAUUUAUACGUUUUAUUUAUGAACGGAUUGCACUCGGGUCAGGGAGGGGGCGCCGAACCCUCAUUCUUCCCGCCGACGCCCGGGGCUUAGGUUGUCCAGGACCACUUCCUCUGCCUCUGAGCUUUGCCUCACAGAGGCUGGCCCUUUCCCGGAGGCCAGGCCCAGCCCCCACUCGGUUGCCAACUUUCACCCGUCUAUGCCAAAGCCUCGGCGGUGACCCUACCCCAAGGGCCCGCCCCAUUGGCCGCCGCCUUUGUGACAUCACUGCAUGCAGUCCCACCCUUCUUCCCAACCCUUCCCGGGGCUGCCCGCUCCCCUUCCUCUUAGUUAGUCCGAUGCAGACUAUAGAGCAAUAAUGCGCACUGCAUGUGAAGCUGCCGCAGCCUCUAGAGUUACUGAGAAUCAGGUAUCCCCUGCCCUACCCAUCCCAUAGGCCCCUAGAUCAGGGAUGCUGCGCGGGCCGGCCACGCAGACUUUCUUUCCCCAUUCCCUCCCCCAGGGCAGAGCCCGGCAGGCGUCAUGGUUCCAGAGGCUGGAAUGGAAUGGUAUCAACCACAGCCUCUCUGUCAGUCCUUCAUUACUCACCGACCCAUCAUUGGGUACCUACGAUAUGCCAGGCCCUUUCCUGAAUCCGUCAGAGAUGUGGCAACCUUCGGGGAGGUGCCUGUCAGUGACGGGCCCAACAAGCAUGGGUAGGCCAGGGUGGAAGGCAGUUGCAGAGGGCUGGAUCCCUGGGCCCAUAUGGCCUCUCCUACCCACCUCAGUCCUUGUUUAUGCUGGAUGUAGUCAGGCUCUGCCUUUGACUUGGGCCUUAUGUUUCCAGCUCAAGUUGGACAGGCCCCAGGGUCUGGGGGCCCAGCUUCACCAGGGCCACCCACACAGGUACCCAUUUUCUGAUUCCCUGAGAUACGAGGCUCUGCUGUCUCUGUGCCGCUAAGGCGCAACAAGCUGGAGUAUAUGGUAUGGCCAGCCUCAUCCCAGCACCAAGCUUGGCUACCCUCCUGGUGCGGACCUGCAGGCCUAGCAUACAGUGCCCAUAUCCAACUCCCUUAACUCCACCUGGCGAAAUGCCCACAGUUCCUAGCCUGGGCCUGCCAGCCUGUGCCGCAUGCACACGCACACAGAGGCGCCCACCCUGCCCCACUCCUUACUCCUGUCUACCUACCUAUGGAGAAGGCUGGAAGGGCUGUGGGCCCGCCAGGAUCUCCCGCUUCGCCCACACCCUGCCGCCGUGGAAAGCCAUGGGCCCCCUCCCGCCCCCAUAACUAAGCAGCACAAUAACCGACUUAGCGAAUUCAGGUAGAAGGAACGUUUAGGUAGCACCUAUUUUGUACUGAUUCUACAAGUAGGGCCCGAGGUGCGGGGGGCCCUCGGGUGGGGGCUGUGGCUGCCGGCCCGCCCCGUCCCCACCCCCCGCCUGCGCCCCGCCACCUUGUACAUACUCCUGGCCCGCAACAGGCCGGGAUUUUUACUCGGGCCGUGUCCCUCUUCCGCCCCCGUUUGGGGCCGGGCCGGCCGGACAGACGGACGGACGGACAGACCUCCUUCCUAAGCACAAUAGCACCAGCUCCUCGGAGCGCCGCACCUCCACAAGGAGAAUAAAUGCCACU